AUGGUGGAGCGUAUCUUGAACCACUGCGACGUGGAGGGCGUCCAGAAGAGUUACCUAAUUCACUGGUGUGACUAUUCACCGACCUGUGACAACUGGGAGGCUCGUGUCCAGCUGAUCGAUGACAUUUUGGGUCUCAUCGAGCGAUAUGACGAGUCCCACCCGCUGCGUUCGAAGAAGGGCCUUCGGUAA